CGCACAGUCCGCACGUCGUCGCUGCGCCGCCGCGCUCUCCGACUCGCACGCCCGCUACUCCGCACCUGUGACGUGAAAGUGUUAUGGUGAAAAGUUUCGGUAUGCUAGUGUCGUGUGAAUAAUAGAUCGAGGCUACCUCGGAGAGCCGGCACCGCUCGAGAUAAAUGCAGACAUGCACCGCAUCACGCUUAAGCUCCCCGAUGGGCCAACUGUCGCGUGAUGGCGCAUGGAGUGCUUGCAGACGGCGUGGUGCUGGUGCGCGGCGCUGCUGCUCGCGACGCUGGCCGCCGCCGGCCCGCGGUACAGCUCGCGCAUCGUGCACACACACGCAGGUGCAAUCCGCGGCAUCAUAGUAGAGCCGGCGUCGCGGCGGCUGGAGCCGGUGGAGGUGUUCCUGGGCGUGCCGUACGCCGGCGCCCCGGCCCGCCUGGCGCCGCCGCCGCCCGCGCGCGACUGGCCGGGCACGCGCCUCGCAGACGCCUUCGCGCCCGUCUGCCCGCAGCGCUACCCCGACAUAUCCAACAAGAGUGCAGCCCUGACGAAGAUGCCCCUGGGCAUGUACAACGAGCUGAGGGCGACGGUCCCUCUGCUCGCCAACCAGAGCGAAGACUGUCUCUACCUCAACAUCUAUGUACCCGGUAGCGGUGCGCGCGGCGUGGAAGCGCCGUACGCGGUGGUGGUGUGGGCCGGCGGGCCGUCCCACGCGUGGGGCACGGCGAACGCACUCGACGGCGCCGUGCUGGCGGCUCGAGCACACCUGCUCGUCGUCACCAUCAACUAUAGACUAGGUUUAUUAGGUUAUUUAACCCCCGGCGUGCGGUCAGCCCCGGUGCAGGCGGCGGGCGGCGCGGCCGUGCUGGAUGUGGCAGCGGCGCUGGCCUGGGUGCGCCGCAACGUGGCCGCGUUCGGCGGGGACCCGCGCCGCGUCACGCUGGCGGGCCACGCCGCAGGCGCCGCGCUCGUCAACGCCAUGCUCAUGAUGCCUGACAGUAAAGGUCUGGUGUCUCGCGUCCUCCUGCUCAGCGGCUCAGCGCUCAGCCCCACGGCGCUGGUGCCGGACGCGGCGCUCGCGCGGGAGCACACCGCGCAAGCCCUGCGCUGCACGCCAGAGACUAGCAACGAUGAAAACUGGUUCGUGGAGUGUAUUCGCGCCCGUCCCCUGGCAGCCCUGCUGGCAGUAGAAGCGCCCCGCGCCCGCUUCUUGGCGGGCUGGGCCCCGUCAGUACCGGUCUCCCGUGACGCGCCCUCCCAAGGCCAAGCCCCCACUAGGGCGCUGCACGCGAGCGAAGCAUUCCUGGAUUGCGCACUUGCUGUAGUUGUGGCUACGACUGAAAGCUACCAGUUUUUUAAUGAAGAAGACAUACGGCAUGGAUUUGAAGAAGAGCAUAGGAAUCGCAUCCUCCGCACGUACGUGCGCAACGUGUACCGAUACCAUCGCAACGAGAUCUUCGCGGCCAUUCGCAACGAGUACACGGACUGGGAGAAGCCGAUCCAGCACCCCAUCAACAUCCGCGACGCCACGCUGGAGUCCCUGAGCGACGCCGCCGUGGCCGCGCCGGCGCUGCGGGUGGCGCAGCUGCACGCGCGGAGGGGGGCGCGCACGUACUUCGCGCACUUCGCCCAUCAGAGCAAGGACGCUGAUUAUCCUCAGCGACUGGGCAGCGUGUCGAGCGAGACUCUGCCGUACUUCCUGGGUCUGCCGCUGGUGGGUGGCAUGCAGUACUCGCCGCGGAACUACUCGCGCAGCGACGUGGCGGUGGCCGAGACGGCGGUGUCGCUGCUGGCCGCCUUCGCCAAGACCGGCGACCCCACGCCGCGCGCCGACGAGCGCCAGCACGACGGCGCCGCCAGCUGGCCGCGAUACGAGAUGAACACACAGCAGUAUCUAAGUAUAGGGAGUAAGCUCCGCGUGAAGAGUCACUACCGCGGCCACAAGAUGGCGCUGUGGCUCCACCUGAUCCCGCAGCUGCACCGGCCGGGAGCCGCGCCGCGCCACCACCAGUUCAGGUCCAUACACCCUGACAUGUUUGCAGGUGAAAUAUUUCCUGAGCUCUACACAACGACAGCGUCACUGGAUGAUGAAGAGGACAGCACGGAAGCGGAAGAGGAGGCAGCGGAGGCAGAGGAGUGCGAGCCCUCCCCCUCCCCGCGCCCUGCGCUCUCCGCGCUGCCGGCGCCGCAGCCCUCGCCCAAGGAGGACUCGCUCACAAACCUGGACUCGCAGUACUAUAGUUACACGGUGGCGCUGGGCGUGACGGUGGGCGCCGGCUGCUUCCUCCUGGCGCUCAACGUACUCGUCUUCGCAGGAAUCUACCUCCAGAGAGGUCGGAGAAGAACAGCCCAUCGCCGUCCCAGAAGAGAAGGUAGCAGCAGCAGCCGCGGCGGCGGCUCGCUCAGCAACGAGCCCGCCUCCAUCACCUCGCCGCGGAAGAGCACCCUCAAGCGCAGCAGCGAGUCAGAGCUGAAAGAGAGGCCGAGCACCGCCGGCGCCGCGCCCGCAAAAAAACGCGUCCAGAUACAAGAGAUAUCAGUAUAGACAACUUCUGAGCUAGUGACCUUCACCGAGUUAUUAACACGAAUAAUUAAACUGUUGCUAUGUGAAAAACUACCGAAGCCGUUACCAGGGAUAAUCUUGAUAAAGUCACAGGAUGAUAGAACUCUUUUACUGUAGCAGACACGACGUUAUGAAUUGAUAACGAAGAACAAAAACAUGAAACUUUGAUUAAAGAAAUAAAUCAGUGGCGUGGAUAAGAUUACAGCAAAGUUUAAAUAUUUAUGAGCAAAUAGACGAGGCAGAUAGUUGCUCUCGGUGUGAAAUAAAUGUGAUAAAAUGACAAACCUAUUUAGAGUGUGAAAUGUUUCGAUAUAAAGUGACUAGCAAACUUUGCUGCGCACAAAAUGUAUUAAAUAAAUAAAGUGUGAUCGACUUUCUGUGAACGAGUCAUAAGUCUAUGAUAGCGAGUGUUUAUUGUGAAAUAAGAUUGCUCCAGCGAGCCGGGCGAGAGCGAGACGGCUGAGUGGGUGCUGCGCUCCAGUGGCCGGCCGCCCCCCUACCACGCCUCACCGCUGCAGCUGUACGUACGCGACUCAAAGGAUCCCAUUUUAAUGCCGAGGUACACUGCCGGUAUAAACAGUUUCCUUGCAAUCUGAUUUCGACGAGAGCGCGCAAUCGAUUUGCGAUCCUGCGACCCCUGCGUACCACGCUAUCGAUAAGGUUUAUGUAUUCCGUUAUCCUGUAUCUACCUCCUGACCAAUUUAAUCGGUUAGUGAAACGUGUAUUUGUGUUAUCUCUGUUAUUGUUUAUCUUGUAUUUAUAUAGUCUACUUCAGUGUCUAGUCCUCUGUUAUCAAGAACUGUUUCUAUAUUAUGUGAUAGUGGAUGUGUAAUGGAGGCGGUGUUGAGUUGUGAACUCUGAACUUUUAGAUUUCUUUGUAAAGACUUGUUACUUAUGUAUGACGUAUGUAUAUAGAAAUAUAUAUAAUAUAUCUCGGAAUCAAUUUGUGGAAGCUAAGCCGUAUGGGUAACUCUGUAUAUAACUACUAAUAGUUUCUAAUUAUAUACCAAUGUACAUAUUAGAUUGUCGUGAAUAUCUGUGAACUCUGAUGAUGACAUCAUCUUUGAAAAGAGGUUUUAAUAAAGACCAUUUUUUCC